AUGGCACAAGUGUCUCAGAAGAAGUGCAACCCUAAAGGAAUACAGCUCGGAAGGGGCUCGGCUGGGAUGCGCACCCAGGCCUCCCAGGGCCCCCUCCCCCUGGAUAAACCAGAUCAGUUGCCCCCCACCUUCCUCGAGGGUAAAAACGGGGAGUCUGCUGCCUGGAAUGUUCAGGGCCAAGCUCCAAGCCUCCCGGCCCCCAGCGUAGAGCCCCAGGCCCCGGCGUGGCCACACCAUGACACAGGAGUAACUCAGGAGGAGCCCCUGAGAGUUUCGAGGGGUAACCUGGGAAACCCAUGGAGCAGUGAGAGCGGGUUGCUGAGCCUGCGACAGUCCAGCCAGGGGAAAUGCAAGGAAAGUGACACCAGCCUGUUGAGCAGCGGGUACGCGGGUGAUGAGGAGAACAGUGAGGUCAGCCUGGUGGGCAACACUCCAAUCUUAAGGUUGCCGAGAAGGCUCCACACCCAGGCAGGCAGCGCCCCGAGAAGCCAGCUGUGCACCAUCUACGCGCCCAGCCAGAUCAGGAGCCAGGUGGCCGGCCAAGCCCGCGGCAGCAGGCAGGCUGGAGGGGAAAAGUGAGGCCAGCCUGCCCAGCAGCGGCAUCAGCAGCAGGGCCAGCAGCCUGACCAGCAUGAGCUUCAUCAGCCUGGGCAGCAGCGCCCUGAACUACCAGGUGAGUAGCGGGCUGCUCAGCUCUGCCCACAGCCUUCCCGCCAGCCAGGCCAGCAGCUGCCCAAACAUCCCGGUAGACGGUAAUGUGCAAAGUGGGGUGAAAAGUAACACCAGUCUUCAGGAGGACAAGUCUGGGGACAAGGCCAAAGCCGGCGACCAGGCCGCCAAGGGGGAGCAGCCCGCCCAGAUGUGCAUGCCUUUAUGAGUCGGCUCGCCGGCCACCAGGUUCUUGAAAAAUAC